AAUUCGGCGGGAAGCGGCGGGCUGCCCGCCCGCCAUGAGCGGGACGGUGAUCCCCGGUACGCCCAUCGCCGUGGACUUCUGGAGCGUGCGGAGGGCGGGCGGCGCCCGCCUCUUCUUCCUGUCGCACAUGCACUCGGACCACACGGUGGGGCUCUCCAGCACCUGGAGCCGCCCGCUGUACUGCUCGCCGCUCACCGCCCGCCUCCUCCACCGCCGCCUCCAGGUGCCGACGCGCUGGAUCCGGCCGCUGGAGGUGGGGCAGAGCCAUGCGCUGGGCGAGGAGGUGACGGUGACGCUGCUCGACUCCAACCACUGCCCCGGCUCCGUCAUGUUCCUCUUCGAGGGCGCCUUCGGCACCAUACUCUACACAGGGGACUUCCGCUACACCAGCACCAUGCGGGGCGAACCGGCGCUGAGGGGCCGCCGCGUCGACCGCCUCUACCUGGACAACACCCACUGCCACCCACACCGGCCCCUGCCCUCGCGGCAGCACGCCACGCGCCAGGCCGCCCACGUCAUCCGUGCCCACCCGCGGCACCAGGUUGUCAUCGGUGUGUACAGCCUGGGGAAGGAGACGCUGCUGGUGGACCUGGCCGUGGAGUUCAGCACCUGGGUGGUGGUGAGCCCCUGGCGCCUGGAGCAGAUGCGGCUGCUGGAGCUGCCUGACGUGUUCACCGCCGAGGAGGGGGCCGGCUGGAUCCGUGCUGUGGACGUCACCGAGAUCCGCUGGGAUACCCUUGUCAGCUGGAACAUGCUGCACCCCACCAUUGCCAUCCUCCCUACCGGCAGGCCCGUGAAGGUCACCCACCCCAACAUCCACCCCAUUCCGUACUCGGACCACUCGUCCUUUUCAGAGCUGUGCGAGUUUGUGAAGUGGCUGAAGCCUUGCUCAGUCAUUCCGAUCGUGAGGGGUGGCAUGUGCCAGGCUUACUUUCAGAAAUACCUAAGUUCUGCCCCCCAGGCGCUUCCUGACCUCAAAAUCCCAAAACCUGUGCAAGAGUCUGUACAGCAGCAAAGCAAAAGGAAGGGGCAGGAACCCCUGUGUCUCUUGAAAAGAGCCGCCUGGCAUUCUGUGCCCCGAGGAGUUGUUUAUGAGUCCCCAGAGAAAUAUACUGAGAAAUCUGAAGCGUCCACUGGUGUUAAGGUUCCUCAGCAGAACUACUGUGAGUCAGCUUUCUGCUCGAAAGAAGGCUGUGCUUGCCACACGGGCAGGGAGAAAGGGAAGGAAGAGCUGAGUGGAGAACAGCCAGGAGUAGCACUAGCAGCUAGCACGGUUAGCCAGGCACUUGUUUCUGAUGAGCACUUUCCAACUAGGUUUGCAGAGCAGUAUUUACUCACUCCCUUAAAUGUCCUAAAGCAGAAUUCUUCACAAAAAUUUGACGAGCUGAUAGAAGAUUUCUUUAGGAGGGGAGAAGCGCUCUGAAAAAUUGCGUGACACUUGCCAGUGCCAAUGCCGUUGAUAGCAGUGAUUCUAGAGGUCUUACUACUGCAUCCCAUUCUCUGUGCUCAGGUUUCCCAUCAGGAGAGAGGAGCUCAGCUAUGGGGCUCUACUUUCUUUACCUCUUGUUAGAGGACAAGGAGGAAAGUAGAGCCAGUUUGUAGGCAGUAGAAUUUUUUAAAAUUUAUUUAUUCUUAUAUCUCUGUCAACAUCUGUUGGGUCUCCACACUACACUCGGGAAGAUCAGUCCCACUACGGGCAUGCCUUGUAUCCACUUUUUGCAGUGACUUACCUGUCUCUUGUGACAAAAGAUACUGCCAGGUCGAUUCAAGUGAGCUGCAGAGGGUGUGAGCUGCCUGCAGCUGAAGUAAUUAAUGGGGACAUAUGUGAUGAAAGUAGCAAGAAGGGGGAAUCUGAGCGCCCCAAAGAUUCGCCUUUCUAUAUGUCUGUAAUGCCCCAUUGACUAUGACCGGUUCACUCCAAGAUGUAUUACAAAUAUUAUGGAUUAAGGUACAUUUAAAAAAUGGUGCUUAAAGAAGUCUAGAAAAUGAAGUGCCUCCAAGUCUAUUAAUCUAUUUUCUAUCUAUUAGUUUACUAAUAGCUCCAGACAGCACUGCUUUUGCAUCUAGCCAACUGCAGCUGGAUGCAGUUCUGCUCUCCUGAAAGCACCAUCUUAAUGUUAACUGUCAAUGGUUUUUCAGGUUACUGGCUGGAAGAAAUAGGCAUUGUUUGGGUUCUUGAGUUCUGGACUUUCCAGAAUGGGUUACUAGAUCCUCUGCAGUCUCUGCACUCAAGUUUGCAUGUCUGAAUUCUGCUUGACUGCAAAGCGCUUCUGGUAACUGCCAGCAUUCUGCUAGGCCCACUGCCUUCCCAUCCACUGCCUGUUCUUAUCACUCAGUGGUAAAUGGGAUGGAAGGCAAUGAAACAUCUCCUUAGUGGUGUAAAGUGCUCAGUCUUCGCAGCAUUGUUUGGGAAGAAUACUGUGGCUGAACAGCAAAAUUGGCUCUGUUAGUUAGUGGGCAGGCACUUUGCAGUUCCAGAUCAACUGCAGAGAGCCACAGCCUGGCUGGCGCAGUCAGGAAGUUUCAGCAGUGUGACUAGCCAGCAGGUACCACUGUGGAGCCUGGAAACACUGUCGUUGUCUGUGUCAAACUGCACUAGCAGCAUUACAAAUCGGCUCCCCAUAGGGUCAAGGCAGCAAAACUAGAGUGGAAAUGGUCACUAGGCACUUUCCUGGAGCAACAAACAAGCUUGUUACUGGGCUUUGUCUAGCCUUUUUUUUGUUACUUUCAAUGCAAAAUGUUUCACUUGAUUUUGAUCAGGAUCAGAGGCUCUUCUGAAUGUAGUGUCCUGCAAGGUCUCUCUAAGACCAGUCAGCUAGAUGGAUUGAAUUCCCUGAAUCAAGCUAGAAAAGGAAGCAUUUGCUCUUUGCUUUUCACAAGCCCCAGCUUUACUCAAAGAUGCCUGUAGAUGCAGCAGCCACACCUGUUAAAAACAAGGCUGUCCUAAACAGUAAUCAUGAUGACAGCCAGAGUGGGUAUGUUUGGAAAACUGUUUGGCAAACAUGAGUCCUAACUCCCAACCCUGUGCCUUCCCAGGCACUGCAACAUUUAUCACUGUAAUAAAAGCAGUGCCUCUCACUGGGACUGCCAGUUGAUUCUGCCUGCCAGCUGCCAAGGGGACAUUGGAAGUGAUGGAACAGUGUUCUGUGAAGUACAUUUCAAAAGGGGUAGCAAGGGCAGCUCAAGCUUCUUGCUGUGGUCUUUAUUUUUUGCUUUAUUAUUUGCUAAUCAAAACUCAACUGCAGAGCUCCAUCACAUCGGUGUGAGUGGAGACACCUGCAUCUUUUGUAACAUUUGAGACUGCCAGGGAAAUAAUCGUGCUAUGCUUGCAGUGUUUUAUCUCCUGCUGGCUGCCUUGGAGAUGCAGGCUGUUAUUUAAAUAUUGUUGAAAUUUAGGUGACUCAUUUGACAGGCAGGUGAGUGAAGCGCUGCCUGAACUUCCAGAUUCCAUGUCCUGCUCUCGCCUGCAGCAUCUCCAUUGCUCAGAAGGAAUGCUUGCCUUCUGAGUCACUGCUCCAUUUAGAUAUGUUGCAAAUGACCUUGGAGAUCAGAUGCAUUUCUCUGCUGAAGUUUUGUGGGUCCAGCCUUCCCUCUUUUAUUCUUAUCAACUGUUCUUAUCUAUCAUUUAUUCAAGUAAAGAAGGAGAGAACCUCCUGGUGAACCUCUGGGCAAAAUGGAAUUGUAAAUGGCAAUUCUUUACAGAGGCAACUCUGAUCCUUAGAUCACACAAAAAGAAGUGGAAAAUUGCAGAGACUUCAGAAGCUGGAGAUCUGCACCCUAUUUCUGAACGCUUAGUUAAAACUGCAGAAGAAAUGCUGGCUUCUGUUACUAGAGCUUAAAAGGUAAUUCCUGCCACUUCAGAAAGAAGUUAUCUGAAUUGUGUAGAGCCAAGGAAACCUAAAAUCUCUCCAUGGUUUUAAAAGGCAAUAGAAGCAGGAGAGAUUUGACCAACAGUCAGCACGUUGGAGAUCUUUGCCUCGGCACAGCAGGUGCAUGAAGCAUUUUAGAGUGCCACAGGUUUCCCCCCUCUCUUAGAUGUUAAAAUACUACUUUUGUGUGUUAUUCUAAAAUCCUGGAAAACAAAACAUGGCCUCAUGGGCAAAACUGGCAGUAUAGUAUUGUUGAGCUCUAAGGUUUCUGAAGAUCCUUCAGCUUCCCCCUGAAGUCUCCUGCCAGUAAAUAGCUGGCCUCUUACAGGCAUUGUUCUCCCUCACGCUUGCCUCCAAAGUUUCCUUCUUUUCCUACCACCAGCCUAGCUCACAGGGGAGUGUUAGUGCGGUCAAGAGCUGGAGCGUCAUGUACACCAGGGUCUGAACAUGCUGCUUCCAGCUCGGCUGCACAGGGCUCUGUCAACACUGCUACCACAGGUGUGUUUUGCUCACAACAGUGACAAGGAGAAGCUGUAGCCAAGUACUAGCUUGACUGUGGGUUAUCUAA